AUGGAUCAAACUCAUAAUACAUCUUCGGUGGCCUCUAAUUCUGAGCCGUUAUUGAAAAGAAAUUCGAUUGAUGUUGGAUGGGAUUAUGGAGUUAUUGUGGAUGUUAGCAAUAUGGACCACCUAAAAUGCAAAUUGUGUGGGAAUCAUAAGGCAAGCAAGGAAGAUAUAUUAAAAUGUAAGAAGGCACUUGAUGAGACAGCAGCUAAAAAGAAAGAGAAGAAGCAAGGAGACAUAAAUCUUAGGGAGGAAGUGAAUAUAAUAAAUGAAGAAGGUGAUGAAUUUGAAGAUGAUGAAGUUGAACAUGUAGGAUCAAAGAAGAGGCCCCAUGUUCUUGGUCCCAUGGAUAGAUAUGCAAAGAUCAAUCCCGAUUCUUCUGACACGAGUGGAUUUAAGAAGAUGAGACAACCAAACGUAAAUGAUGCAAUUUGGAAGGACAUGAGUCAUCAGGUGAGUCAAUUCUUGGCUCAAUGGGUGUACGAAGCCAAUAUUCCAUUUCAUGCCAUAGACAAUGAUAGCUUUAAACGUUUUGCGGAAGCGGUUGGUCAAUUUGGCCUGAAAUACCAACCUCCAAGCCAAUACCAACUAAGGGAGCCAUUGUUGAAGGAGGUGGACAGAACAAAAAAAUUACUCAAGAAGCAAGAAGAAGAGUGGGCUUUGACGGGUUGCUCUAUCAUGAAGGACGCUUGGACCGAUCGAAAGAGGAGAAGCAUUAUGAACUUGUGCAUUAAUUAUAUUGGGGAACAAAAUGUAGUUCAAGUAGUUACGGACAACGCAUCCAACAAUAUGGCGGCAGUGGAUUUGCUAAAGAUCAAGAAGCCUAACAUAUUUUGGACCUCAUGUGGCACCCACACAAUAAACCUCAUGCUUGAAGGAAUUGGUAAGCAAUCCAAGUUUAAAGGAAUUAUUGAUAAGGCCAAGGCGUUCACUAUUUAUGUUUAA